CUCUCAUUUUGUUUGAUCGUUCUUCCAUUGCAAGGAACGAUGCCAAAGCAGGACUCGUUCUUCCUGCCUUCGUCGGGCACCAAGCGCAGGAGCGACGCGCCCCACUACGACUCUGGCUCUGGCUCUGGAUCUGGAUCUGGAUCUGGCGCUGGCCGUGGCGGGCGCGGUGGGCGCGGCGGACGCGGGGGACGUGGUGGCGGCGCUGCGGCAGGCGGAUCCACACGUGGCGGCGGUGCUGGUCGCGGCCGCGGUGGCAGCGGCAGUCCACGCGGCGGGCGUGGUGGCUCUGGCUCCAUGGGUGGUCCUGCGCGUGGUGGCCGUGGCGGCGCGUCCGGGGCGGCGGCUGGUGGCUCAGCGAGGGGAAAAGGCUCUGGCUCGAGCCAUCCCAGCAAGCGAUCCCGCGUUGACGACGACGCCGACGACGACGAGGACGACGAUCUGGAGGCGAUUGACCAUGGCGACGACGAUGACGACAACGAUGCCAACGGCGCAGGUGCCGCGGACGACAGCGAGGAAGAGGUCGAAACGGCUGCAGAGAAGCGCAUUCGGUUGGCUCGAUCGUACAUUGACCACCUCGAGGAAAAGCAACGCACAGACCGUGAUCACGACGAGGUCGAUCGUGACGCCAUUGCGCACCGCUUGCAAGAAGACGCACUGGAACAAGCUGGAAAGCUCCAACGUGAGGUUGCUGUUGAAUACGCUGAUUGGGACUUUGGUGCGGCGGCAGAACGCGCUCGAGUGCUGCGAGGACACGAUUUGCCAAUCACUUGCUUGUGCAUAAGCGCGGACGAUCGAUUCUUGUUUACUGCCGCCAAAGACUGCAAAAUCAUCAAAUGGGACUUGCAAACGGGUCGCCGGAUGCGGACGAUUGAAGGCGGCAAAAAGCAGACCAACCGAUUCAAGCGAUUGGAAAAGCAACGGCAACAGGGCGGAGCUCCUGCGCCACCGCCGUUCCCCGGCCACACUGAGCACAUUCUAGCGAUCGCCAUUUCCUCCGAUGGGCGAUAUUUGGCCUCCGGCGGCCGCGACAAGAGCCUGUUCAUUUGGGAUCCCCAAACGCUGGCUCUGAUCAAGCGGUUUGAAGGCCAUCGAGACGCGAUUAGUGGUCUGGCAUUCCGACGGGGCACACACGAGCUCUACUCUACUUCGCAUGACCGAACACUCAAAGUCUGGAACCUCGACGAGAUGACCUAUGUCGAGACAGUGUUUGGCCAUCAAGAUCACAUUACCGCUGUGGACUGCUUGUACAAGCAACGACCGCUGACUGCAGGCGGCCGUGACAAGUCCACGCGCGCUUGGAAGAUUGUGGAAGAGUCGCAAUUGGUUUUCAACUGCACCAUGACCUCUCUGGACUGCCUAAAACUUGUUAAUGACGAGACCUUCAUCACGGGAUCCGAGGACGGCAUGGUCGCACUAUGGAGCUUCCAGAAGAAAAAGCCACAUUCGUUGGUCCAUCACCACGUGGAAGAUCAAGAUUGGAUGAACGCCAGGAUGCUUGCCGAGGCCAAGGCUCCCUUGCCCGAAUCCGAUGACGAAACUGAGCCAGCUGCUCUUUUUCCCCGCGACAACUGGGUGUCUGCUGUUGCCAGUCUUCCCUACACGGAUCUUGUUGCGUCCGGUUCCAAUGACGGUGUUGUGCGCUUGUGGCGAUGCACAAAUGGGUUGCAUACGCUUUCGCCCCUGGCAGCCAUCCCUGUGCUUGGCUUCAUCAACUCCUUGGCGUUUACGAGCGACGGCUCGCGUCUGAUUGUCGGAGUUGGCCAAGAACAUCGUCUUGGCCGGUGGUUUACUCCAACAAAGCUCACUAAGAACUGCAUCAAGAUCAUUCCUCUGACUGCGGCGGCGCUGGCGAAUGCGAAUGGAAAUCACUCUGCUUCGAAUUCGCUUGCACCCAAAAUGCCAGAGGCACUCGAUGGCGAUGAAGAGGAGGAGGAUGAAUAAUGUCUUCCUUUGAAAGCUGAAGUUGUUCUAUCUUCAUUGGCUUUUUUUGUAUCAACAUUUACAUUUUGACAAAAUUACACAAGGACACAAGUCGCAGCUGCAGAUGCAUGACAACAUCGAAAAAGUCGACACUGC